AUGGUUCAAGGAUGUGGGAAUUCCUGUAUAAAAAGUUGUUUUUUUCUUGUAAACUUCUUUGUGUGCAUAUUUGGGGGACUAAUUUGUGGGUUUUCGUUAUGGGCAAAUUUGGACAAGGACUUUGGAAAUCACUUGGCGGAUUUUGCGCGUCAAAUUGACAAAAUAGACGCUACUCUUGUGAAUUCAAUUGUUGAAGUGAGAGUUUUCGGAAAGCUAUUUUCCAAUUCAGUUUUUUAGUAUCAAGCCUCUCUUUGGAUUUUAGUCGCAGUUGGCGCUCUUUUAUUCUUAGUGGGUUUUUUUGGAUGCUGUGGUGCAGGACGUGAAAGCCCAGUUUUUCUUGGAUUAGUAAGCUGACAGUCACUAUAAUAAAAUAUUUUGAUUUAACUGUUUCAGUUUAUUUUCAUUGUCGUAAUUUUAACCGCUAUCGAGCUUGGAGCUACUGUGUUUGCAAUGACAAACAGAGAAGACUUUGUUUCGUCGAUUCAUAAGGUGAGUCUCAUUUUGCCCACAAAAUCGUUUCACAUUUUGUUCAGAUACUUGAAAAAUCUUCUGAAACUCCUGAACUUCGAAAAAACAUCAAGCCAAUCCAAGAUGUCUUCCGAUGCUGUGGAGCCACUGUACAAACUCAAAAUAUUUACAUUGAGGAUGGACUUUGUGGUACAAAACCUAUUGCAGUGAGUGUUUUGCAAAGUAAUAAAAAACUCAUAAAAAUGAAAAAGAAACAAUACUGUUUCAUUUACAUUUUAUGUCUGAUUUUUUUCAGCACCCCGAGAAUUGUUUUGAUCAAAUAUCACACAUGGUUCAGUCGUGGGGCGAAUCUAUUGUUGUAGUAGCAUUCUGUCUUCUUGCUAUAGAAAUGUUGGCAAUACUUUUCUCUUGCGUUUUGUGUCGAGCUUCUAAUGAGAUAAGGUACACUCCGUACUACUCUUAG